UCACAGAUAUCAGCCCAGCGAGCAGCUACACGGUUCAAGACCGGGCCGUCAGUGUCCAGGCAGCUCGAGCCGCCGGUAUCCCAGUUGUUUCUGACAGUGAGGACACUCUACUGACUGCUGUCAGGUCAAGGGAGGGAAGCAUUGCUAGUUCUGGAGAGUAUUCUGACCAUGAGUCGCAGAAAAUUCAUCAGGAGUAUAAGGUUAGAGAAUCAGGCAUGGUCACAGUGCCUAAUACCAAGAUGGGUAACGCCAACAUCAGCAACAGCAACAGCAGCAGCAGCAGCAAAAUCAGCAACAGCAGCAGCAGCAAGCCUCUAAUGCUCUUAUCAGAUGAUGUCAGUCGGUGUCCCAAACAAACUGGAGGAUGA